GCCAAAGGAAAGAGGAUGGGACCAGAAAAUACUGCCAAGGAAACAGUCCUCAUUACUGGAGGAGGUGGUUACUUUGGCUUCCGUUUAGGUUGUGCCAUGUACCAAAAGGGAGUUGAUGUGAUUCUCUUUGAUGUUGUGAAGCCACUUCAAACUGUGCCAGAGGGAAUAAAGUUCAUGCAAGGGGAUGUCUGUUGCCUGUCUGAAGUGGAAGAGGCUUUUAGAGAUGUAAUCUGCGUAUUCCAUAUCGCUUCCUAUGGAAUGUCUGGUAGGGAGCAGCUGAACCGGAAACUGAUAGAAGAUGUUAAUGUGAAAGGAACAGAAAAUGUCAUCCAAGCCUGCAAGAGCAUAGGAGUGUCGAGUCUGGUUUACACAAGUACAUAUAACGUGAUAUUUGGAGGUCAGGUUAUAGAAAAUGGGGAUGAAUCUCUGCCUUACCUACCUCUUCACCUUCAUCCAGACCACUACUCCCGGACCAAAUCUGUAGCUGAAAUGAAGGUGCUGGAGGCAAACGGUGCUGAGCUUGGAAAUGGCAAAGGUGUAUUAAGGACUUGUGCUCUCCGACCAGCAGGCAUCUAUGGACCUGGAGAACAAAGACAUCUUCCAAGAAUAGUUAGCUACAUUGAAAGGGGCCUGUUUAAAUUUGUAUAUGGAGAUCCAGGCAGUUUAGUAGAAUUUGUACAUGUAGACAAUCUAGUUCAGGCUCACAUCCUUGCCUCUGAGGCCCUCAAAGCCAACAAAAACCACAUAGCUGCAGGCCAAGCCUACUUUAUUUCAGAUGGCAGGCCUGUAAAUAACUUUGAAUUUUUCCGACCUUUAGUGGAAGGUUUGGGUUACAAGUUCCCAACCUGUCGCCUGCCUCUUUCCAUUGUCUACUUUUUUGCAUUCCUUACUGAAGUAGUUCAUUUGCUGGUAGGCCAUGUUUAUAAUUUCCAGCCUCUUCUCACUCGCACAGAGGUUUACAAAACAGGUGUCACACAUUAUUUUAGUAUGGAGAAGGCCAGAAAGGAGCUGGGGUAUGAGCCUCAGCAGUACAGCCUGAAUGAAGUGGUUGAGUGGUUCAGAUCUCAGGGCUGUGGACCAAAGCCAAGAAAGUACAGCAUUGUGCAUCUUGCUAGAGAUGGAGGAUUACUCUUCCUGCUGAUUGCUGUGAUGGUCUCAUGGUUUUCAUCCACAGUUACAUUUUCACUCUGA